AUGGUAAAAUGCUGCUACCGUUGUUAUAUGUCGGUUCGCGGCUGUAGUGAAUCCAGGACUCUUAUUUCGGUCUCUGUGUGUGUGUGUGGGCAGGAUCUUGCGACGCCGGAGUGCUUCUCUCGUCACCCCAGCCGCGUCUGGGAGUUCUACCAGUACCGCCGAGAGCUGACCCUGAACGCCCCGCCGAGCGCCGCGCACAGAGCCAUCGCCGAGUGUGAGGCGCGUCUCAGCAGACAGGGCCGCUCGCUGGUGGUGAUCACGCAGAACAUCGACGAGCUGCACCAGCGCGCCGGAUCCAGACACGUGCUGGAGGUCCACGGAAAUCUGUUUCAGACCAGAUGUUUGAGCUGUGGAGAUGUGGAGAUCAAUCACAAAAGCCCCAUCUGUCCAUCACUGGAGGGCAAAGGAUCACCUGAUCCUGACGCACCUGACGCGCUCAUACCUGUCAAAGACCUGCCCAGGUGUGAUGAGAAGGGCUGUGACGGGCUGCUGCGGCCGCAUGUCGUCUGGUUUGGAGAGACUCUGGACUCUCAGAUCCUCACUAAAGUGGAGAAGGAGCUGGAGACGUGUGACCUCUGUCUGGUGGUCGGCACGUCCUCCGUCGUUUACCCAGCAGCCAUGUUUGGUCCUCAGGUGGCGGCCCGCGGCGUUCCAGUGGCCGAGUUCAACACUAAGACCACAGCAAACACACCGCGCUUCAAGUGAGAUUAUCCUGCAGUUCACACUUAAACACAGAAA